UCUAUCUGAUGCCAAGUCUGUAUUAUAGUGAUAGGCCGUGGUAUGCGUGGGCUAAACCAAAAAAAUAAAGUUGUCUUUAAAAUAUCGUCUAAAAAAACAACACAAAUAUGGCGGAAAUAUAGUUCUAUAGAGUAAGAUGGGAUAACAACCCCGCUUUUAGUGUGACCCGGCUGCGGUAAUAUGGUUUUGUAAACAUGCUUGGGUAUAAUUACUACCAAGUUGGAAGAGAAAAAGAACGAACACUUUUCAUGUUUACCCCACCCUAUAAUAUAUGGUGCAGUGGGCCAUCAAAACACCUAGAUCCAGGAGUCAUCUCAUCAACUGACAAUACGUAUUGCCACGUUUUAUCAUAUAAAGUAUUUAAUCCAACAAAACAAGAAUUAGUAUAUUUCAUUAAAAAGAUUUUUUUCAAAAAUCUACGAACCAUUCCUCUAGAGGCGCUAAAUAUACUUCCGCGUUCCUUGCGCAAUAUUGCGCUCCAUUCACACGCGCGAGAAUUCAAUUAUUACUCCUCGUUUACACGCUGCUAAAGGCUGCACCAGUACUACCGUGUUGGGCGUUGCAUUUUAGUUUCCACCUGUUGCUGUAGAAGAAGCUGCUCAAACCUAAAGAAGAUUGUUGACGAAUUCUUGCAGUGAAUGCCGAAAGAUUAACCAAGCUACGAGCUAUAUCGACAUGCGCGAUGGAUUGUGAUGUUAACAGCGAAAACGAACUCGAAUAAAAAGGAGAGAAGUUACGUAAUAUGGAGCAACAGACAUUGGAUCAUGAAGCACGACAACGACGAUUUUAUAAGAACCAAAUGCGAUGGUCCGCUUCAACUGAGCAACAAUUCAGCUACAGACAGAAGUACAUCCACAUAUUAUCAGGUAGCAAAAUACGGACGAAGAAAGGAUAUUUAUGGAAGGAAGGCUAAGAAUUACGAAGGAAGCUGGAACGGUCUGGAAAAAGUGAAUAUGUCAGCAAGAUGGGAUAGUAUACAUACGGUACCAUGUAUGAUUAUAAAUGUUGUACUAGCAUUAUUGUUAGGUAUGCUGGGCUCGGGCAAGCCAGCAUGGUGUAUUUAG